CUCUGGCGGUGCGUGCAGUGUGACGCCCGCAGCGUGACGCCUGCGGGGCGCCGGUGGCGGGGCCGGCUGGCUCGGGGCCCUCCGCGCUUAUGGAGGACGAAGACUGCCCCGACCUGGUCCCGAUAGGCACCGACGGCGCGGAGCAGACCGAUGCCAGUCCCGGCAGGAAGAUCCCCGUGACGAUCAUCACGGGGUACUUAGGAGCUGGAAAAACAACUCUUCUGAAUUACAUACUGACAGAGCAGCAUAAUAAAAGAAUAGCAGUUAUUCUGAAUGAAUUUGGAGAAGGAAGUGCCUUGGAAAAAUCUCUGGCAAUCAGUCAAGGGGGAGAACUCUACGAAGAAUGGCUGGAGCUCAGAAAUGGCUGCUUGUGCUGUUCAGUAAAGGACAGUGGUGUGAAAGCAAUUGAGAACCUGAUGCAAAGGAGGGGAAAAUUUGACUAUAUAUUGUUAGAAACAACUGGUUUGGCAGAUCCAGGAGCUGUGGCCUCCAUGUUCUGGGUUGAUUCUGAACUGGGAAGUGACAUUUAUCUUGAUGGUAUUGUGUCUGUUGUUGAUGCAAAGUAUGGAUUGCAGCACUUGACAGAGGAGAAACCAGAAGAUCUUAUCAAUGAAGCAUCUCGGCAGGUUGCAUUAGCUGAUCUUAUAAUCAUCAAUAAAACGGAUUUGGUUUCGGAGGAAGAAUUGAAUAAAGUCAGAACAUCUGUGAGGUCAAUAAAUGGACUUGUUAAAAUUCUAGAGACACAAAGAUCAAGAGUUGAUCUCUCUAAUGUCUUGGACCUACAUGCGUUUGACAGUUUAUCUGGAGUAAGUUUGCAGAAAAAGCUUGAGCAUGUAAAGACAACACAUGCACAUCUAGAUAAGGCUAUAAUUACAGUAACAUUUGAAGUUCCAGGAAAUAUAAAAGAAGAAAACUUAAAUCUCUUUAUUCAGAAUCUUCUGUGGGAGAAGAAUGUGAAAGAUAAGACUGGGUGCACCAUGGAUGUCAUAAGACUGAAGGGACUGGUAUCUAUUCAAGGCAAAUCUCAUCAAGUGAUAGUCCAAGGUGUCCAUGAGCUCUAUGACCUAGAAGAGACUUCAGUAGCCUGGAAAGAAGAUGAAAAGAGAACAAACAGGCUGGUCCUAAUUGGCAGGAACUUGGACAAGGAGACCAUCAAAGAAGUAUUCAUAGCCACUGUGAGAGAAGAACAAGGAAACAGUUGACAGAAAACUAUAGAAAAGUUAAAUGUCAGUUUUAAUCCUGCAAGGAUUUUAUAAGAGAAAAGACUGAAUGGCGUAUACUGUAGUAGUUUCUCUAUCCUCUUGCAGUUUAUGCAACAGUUAAUCCCUGAAGUCUUCCCAAAAAUUCCAGCUGACCUACUGUUUAAAGAUUAGCUUUUAUGGUCUAGUAUCAAACACAAUUCUCCUAUUUUGGAUUUGGCUGAACCUGUGUCAGCAACAUCAUGUAACUGUGCUGAAAUGCAGAUAGGCAAAAGGCUGUUAUAUUCUACAUGAAGUGUAUAUGGGGAUAUGGGAAACGUGUUUGAAGCGUAGUGCUUUCUCUUUCUAACUCUCUUCCACUAGGAAUGAAGAAAUAGUGAUUAUUGCCAGGGAUGUACAGUAAUUUCACGAUUAUAAGCCGCUCCAUUUUGACUGAAAUUUUGAUCCCAACCUGGAAAUGCGGCUUACACUCAGGAGUGGCCAAUACAUGAAAAAAGUUUGGGAAUUUCCCAACCAGGAAGUGCGAGCCAGGGAGCUGAGCACCUGCUGGUAAAACCCGGGAUUGCGCGAUUGUUACAAAUUGGUUACUGUGUUGCACGGCGGGUGGAGACGGGCUCCCUGCCGGCAGCGCGGGGCGGAGAGGCGGGGGCCUCCCUCCUGCCGGCCCUGUGGCCUGGGCGGGAGGCAGGGGACUCCAUGCUGCCAGCCCUGCGGCAGUGGGGGGAGGUGGGGGCUCUGUGCUGCCGGCCCUGUGGACCUGGGGGGAGGCGGGGGGCUCCGUGCCUCCCUCCUGCUGCCGCCCUGGGUGCGAGCGGGCUCCAUGCCUCCCUCCCGCCGGCACCACGGGGCAGCGCGAUUCCUUUACUAAUUCAUUACUUUGUUGCACGUGGGUCCUCGCUGCGAACGAAAGUGC